CUAUCCUGAACCCGAAGCAGCCCAAAGAGACACCGAAAAGCUUCAGCUUUGACUAUUCCUAUUGGUCCCACACCACGCCCGCAGACAUCAACUAUGCAUCUCAGAAGCAAGUGUACCGGGACAUCGGUGAGGAGAUGCUGCAACAUGCCUUCGAAGGCUAUAACGUCUGCAUCUUCGCCUAUGGGCAGACGGGUGCCGGGAAGUCCUACACCAUGAUGGGGAAGCAGGAGAAGGACCAGCAAGGCAUCAUCCCGCAGCUGUGCGAGGACCUCUUCUCCCGCAUCAACGACACGACGAACGACAACAUGUCCUACUCGGUGGAGGUGAGCUACAUGGAGAUAUACUGUGAGCGUGUGAGGGACCUCCUGAACCCCAAGAACAAGGGGAACCUGCGGGUGAGGGAGCAUCCCCUUAUGGGCCCAUAUGUUGAGGACCUUUCCAAGCUGGCUGUGACCUCCUACAACGACAUCCAGGACCUCAUGGACUCUGGGAACAAGGCCCGCACGGUGGCUGCCACCAACAUGAAUGAGACCAGCAGUCGCUCCCACGCCGUGUUCAACAUCAUCUUCACGCAGAAGCGGCAUGACGCUGAGACGGACAUCACCACUGAGAAGGUCAGCAAAAUCAGCUUGGUGGACCUGGCAGGGAGCGAGCGAGCCGACUCCACUGGCGCAAAGGGCACAAGACUAAAGGAAGGAGCAAACAUCAACAAGUCCUUGACUACGCUGGGGAAAGUCAUCUCCGCCCUGGCCGAAAUGGAUUCAGGGCCAAACAAGAACAAAAAGAAGAAGAAGACGGAUUUCAUCCCCUACCGGGACUCGGUGCUGACCUGGCUGCUGCGGGAGAACCUGGGGGGCAACUCCAGGACAGCCAUGGUCGCUGCUCUCAGUCCUGCCGACAUCAACUACGAUGAGACCCUAAGCACUCUCAGGUACGCCGACCGUGCCAAGCAGAUCCGCUGCAACGCCGUCAUCAACGAGGACCCCAACAACAAGCUCAUCCGAGAGCUGAAGGAUGAGGUGGCACGCCUGCGGGACCUUCUCUAUGCCCAGGGCCUCGGGGACAUCAUUGACACCCAUCCUGCUGCGGGAGGAUCCAAAUUGACCAACGCCAUCGCCGGGAUCAGCCCCUCUUCCUCCCUGUCGGCCUUGUCCAGCCGUGCCGCCUCCGUCGCCAGCCUCCACGAGCGCAUCAUGUUUGCUCCAGGUAGCGAAGAGGCAAUCGAAAGGCUCAAGGAAACAGAGAAGAUCAUCGCGGAACUGAACGAGACGUGGGAGGAGAAACUGCGGAGGACGGAAGCAAUCCGGAUGGAGAGGGAAGCGUUGCUGGCGGAAAUGGGGGUGGCCAUGAGGGAAGACGGAGGCACCUUGGGUGUUUUCUCUCCCAAAAAGACACCGCACUUGGUCAACCUGAACGAGGACCCACUCAUGUCCGAGUGUCUUCUCUACUACAUCAAGGACGGGAUAACAAGGGUUGGCCGGGAAGAUGCGGAGAAGAGGCAGGACAUUGUUCUCAGCGGGCAUUUCAUUAAGGAAGAACACUGCCUUUUCCGCAGCGACACUAAAACUGGCGGUGAAGUCAUAGUGACCCUGGAGCCCUGCGAAGGUGCCGACACCUACGUGAACGGCAAAAAGGUGACGGAGCCCAGCAUCCUGCGCUCAGGAAACCGCAUCAUCAUGGGGAAGAGCCACGUCUUCCGCUUCAAUCACCCCGAGCAGGCUCGGCAGGAGCGGGAGCGGACCCCGUGUGCCGAGACCCCCGCCGAGCCCGUGGACUGGGCUUUUGCCCAAAGAGAGCUGCUGGAGAAGCAGGGCAUUGACAUGAAGCAGGAGAUGGAGCAGCGGCUCCAGGAACUGGAGGACCAGUACCGGAGGGAGCGGGAGGAGGCGAAUUACCUGCUCGAGCAGCAGAGGCUGGACUAUGAGAGCAAACUGGAGGCUUUGCAGAAGCAGAUGGACUCUCGGUAUUACCCUGAGGCAAACGAGGAAGAGGAAGAACCUGAGGAUGAAGUGCAGUGGACGGAGCGGGAGUUCGAGCUGGCCCUCUGGGCCUUUAGGAAGUGGAAGUGGUACCAGUUCACCUCCCUCCGCGAUCUGCUCUGGGGCAAUGCCAUCUUCCUCAAGGAAGCCAACGCCAUCAGCGUGGAGCUGAAGAAGAAGGUCCAGUUCCAGUUUGUGCUCCUCACAGACACGCUGUACUCACCUCUUCCCCCCGACCUGCUGCCUCCCGAUGCUGCCAAGGACCGGGAGAAGCGGCCGUUCCCCCGGACCAUCGUGGCUGUGGAGGUGCAGGACCAGAAGAACGGGGCGACGCAUUACUGGACGCUGGAGAAGCUGAGGCAACGCCUGGACCUGAUGCGUGAAAUGUAUGACCGCGCAGCAGAAGUGCCUUCCAGCGUCAUCGAGGACUGCGAUAACGUGGUGACCGGCGGAGAUCCUUUCUACGACCGCUUCCCCUGGUUCAGGCUGGUCGGCAGUUCAGAUAUCUCUGGCUGCAACAGCUCUCCUCUUUUCAACACAUGCAUGAGCGAGCGCAUGGCU